AUGCUUGCGGACUACAUGGAGCAGAAGCCCGACAGGAACAUCCGGGCAGCGCCGGCGGAGCUGAUUCGGCUGCACGAGGAGAUGAAAGAGCACUUGAAGGCCUUCAGAGCUGCUGCUGCCAGCAACAUUCUCCCGGUGUCUAUUCUGGGCGCUCUGGAUUCUCUGAGCAACGAGGCGGCGCUGAAGGUCAACGGCUACUUGGCGACUGUCGCUCGCUAUCUCACGUACACCGACCGAUUCAGCAAGAACAAGCGGGGCCUGGUUUUCUUCGCCAGGCACAUGCUGCCGCGGCUGCUGCAGCUCUUCGCGCUGCAGCUCGACGCAUGCAGGCACUUGUGGCGCUUUCUCUCUUUUGCUUCUCCACGGGAGACGCUGACGGGGCCCCUGACCUUCAAGCCGUCCCUGUCGCCGUCUGGCGCUGCAGCUGCCGCCGCCGCAGCAGCAGCAGCGGGGGCAGCAGAAGGCGCAGAUGAGGACAGCACCUUUGGCUCGGAGGUGGACCCCUCCGCCGCCGCCGCAGCAGCAGCAGCAGCGCAUGCGCCCAGCCUGCCCGUGGCACUUACUGUCCACGAUAGCGAGGCCGGGGGGCCCCUGCGGACGCUGGCCCAGAAUUUGGGGGUGCAUUUGCCCACAGUGCCCCACGCAGACGCGCGGGCCUUCGGGCGGCGGCUGCUGGCGCGCGUGCAGGUCCACAUAGGGGCCCUUUACGCGCUGGCUCAGGGCUGUCUUGCUGCCACUGCGCUGUCGUUCCAAAGGGAGUACGCAGAGGCGGAAGACAGGGUGGAAUUGGGGGAGGCGCCUGCUGCUGCCUUCCUCAGCUUGCGGGGCCAGAGCGAAUGCGUCGAGAAAAGCAGCAGCAAGAAAAGCAAGGGCAAAGAAACUGCGAAAGAAAACGCUGCAGAGGAAAGUGGACGAGACGGACAGCCGACGGAACCGCAGAAAAAACAGAGCCACAGGCUGAGGGCGCUAAACAGGGGCCGCCCAGCGGGAUCGGCAGCAACAGCAGCAGCAGCAGCAGGAAACCCGAAUGAUGCUGAACGCACCUCGUAA